UGACCCUGAGAGGUUGCCGUAGCGCAGUACGUAGACAAGACGUUGCGCGUGCGCAGGCGCUCAGCGCGGAGGGCUGCCGGAAGCCAAGAUGGCGUAUAGAUGUUAUCCAGGCCGCAGUUGGCGCCUUAUCGGUAUCUGAGCGGGUGUUUUGUAAGGGACUGUGGCGAACGCCCUCUUCGCCGCCAUGGCCCGGCAUCGGAAUGUUCGAGGCUAUAACUAUGAUGAAGAUUUUGAAGAUGAUGAUCUCUAUGGCCAGUCUGUAGAGGAUGAUUAUUGUAUUUCGCCAUCAACAGCUGCUCAGUUUAUUUACUCACAGCGUGACAAACCUGUUGUUGAGCCAGUAGAAGAAUAUGAUUAUGAAGAUCUGAAGGAAUCCUCCAGUUCUCUUUUGAGCAACCAGCUAAGUGAAAUUGAUCAAGCUCGUCUUUAUUCAUGCCUUGAUCACAUGAGGGAGGUACUUGGAGAUGCUGUACCAGAUGACAUACUGAUUGAAGCAGUUCUGAAGAACAAGUUUGAUGUGCAGAAGGCUUUGGCAGUGGUUCUGGAACAAGACAAAAUGCAGAAUUUGAAGGUCGAGAGUGAGGGAGCAGUAUCUAUAGGAAAGAUAACAAAAGGAAAAUCAGUAGAUUCCCGGUCAUCUCGAAGUGAAUCUGAAAUUGUGCCAAAAGUUGCUAAAAUGACUGUAUCUGGAAAAAAGCAAACUAUGGGAUUUGAAGUACCUGGAGUAACUGCUGAAGAAAAUGGCCAUAGUUUCCACACAUCUCAAAAAGGACAUCCCAGUGAAGAUACCAGCAUGGCUUCCUCUGAUGCUCUUGAGACUGUUUCUAGAUCAGCUCUUCCACCCCACACCAUUCAAGCAUCGGAAGAGCAGAGUUCACAAACACCAGUGAAAAAGUUUGGCAAGCUGAGGCAGCAAAUAGAUGUCAGAGUGGAACUGGAGAAGCGGCAAGGAGGGAAGCAACUCCUCAACCUAGUGGUUGUCGGUCAUGUUGAUGCUGGGAAAAGCACGCUGAUGGGCCAUAUGCUUUAUCUUCUGGGUAAUGUGAACAGGAGAACUAUGCAUAAGUACGAACAAGAGUCCAAAAAGGCUGGCAAAGCUUCAUUUGCGUAUGCAUGGGUCUUGGAUGAGACUGGCGAAGAAAGGGAGAGGGGAGUAACAAUGGAUGUUGGUAUGACAAAGUUUGAGACCACAACCAAAGUCAUUACAUUAAUGGAUGCUCCCGGCCAUAAGGAUUUCAUUCCAAAUAUGAUUACGGGAGCGGCCCAGGCAGAUGUAGCUGUUUUAGUCAUAGAUGCCGGCAGGGGAGAGUUUGAAGCUGGAUUUGAGACUGGGGGACAAACACGAGAACAUGGCCUCUUGGUUCGUUCCCUUGGAGUAACACAGCUUGCAGUUGCAGUCAAUAAAAUGGAUCAGGUUAAUUGGCAACAAGAAAGGUUUCAAGAGAUUACUGGAAAACUUGGGCACUUCCUUAAGCAAGCAGGUUUUAAGGAAAGUGAUGUAGCUUUUAUCCCUACAAGUGGUCUCAGUGGUGAAAAUCUAAUCACAAGAUCUCAGUCGAGUGAACUUACAAAAUGGUAUAAAGGACUAUGUUUAUUAGAACAAAUUGAUUCCUUCAAACCUCCUCAAAGAUCUAUCGAUAAGCCUUUUAGAUUAUGUGUAUCUGAUGUUUUCAAAGAUCAAGGAUCUGGAUUUUGUGUAACUGGUAAAAUUGAAGCUGGCUAUAUCCAGGCUGGUGAUCGACUACUAGCAAUGCCUCCUAAUGAAACUUGUACUGCAAAAGGAAUCACUCUGCAUGAUGAACCUGUUGACUGGGCGGCGGCAGGUGAUCAUGUUAGCCUUACGUUGGUUGGGAUGGAUAUCAUCAAAAUCAGUGUUGGCUGUAUAUUUUGUGGCCCCAAAGAACCCAUUAGAGCUUGCACUCGUUUCAGAGCCCGAAUCCUCAUCUUUAAUAUUGAAAUUCCUAUCACUAAAGGAUUUCCUGUGCUGUUACAUUACCAAACUGUCAGCGUACCUGCCGUUAUUAAACGACUGAUUAGCGUCCUGAGCAAAAGCACGGGCGAAGUCACCAAGAAGAAGCCUAAAUUGUUGACUAAAGGCCAGAAUGCAAUGGUAGAGCUACAGACACAAAGACCAAUCGCUCUUGAGCUAUACAAAGACUUUAAAGAGCUGGGGAGAUUUAUGCUGCGUUACAGCGGUUCUACAAUAGCUGCUGGUGUAGUCACUGAGAUAAAAGAAUGAUGGGUCAGAAUUUUACCAUGUUUUCAAAUGCAAGGAAAUAGCUAACUUCUAUUUUUAAAGAAUGCAGUCAUUCAGUUAAAGGAAGAAUGUGCAAUUGAUAACUUUUUUAAGUGGGAGAAAAUUAAAGUUACGAUCAGCUGCAAAGAACUAUUAAUCAUCAUUCCUGCAAAAAUUUCAAGUUGCCAACUGGCAAACGCUAAUAUUGGACUUUCAUUUUAAAAUAUCAUUUUUUAAAAAAUGAAAUGUUAGUAAGUGGAUUUGCUUUGCUGAGAUUUAUGGAAUCUGUCAGAAAUAUGUUUUAGAAGACUUGAAUCAUCAUGAAAUGAAAUCUACUUCCAGCCAAACCACAGAAAGUUUACAGAUUUCUUUUGAGUUUCAACUCGACUGCAUAUAUUUUAAGGAAAAACGACCGAAUUGUGUUGUUGAGGUAGUUAAUAUUUGACCUGAGCAAUAUAUGUAUGAAUUUUUUUCUUUUGAUUAACUCUAAGAAAAGAUUUGCUAAAGGUCACAAGAAAAGUAUUUUGUGUUGAGCCUAAGAAUGUUGUUUCUCUAAUAAGUAAACUUUUGAAAGAUUAGUUUGGAAUUAGUGGAAACUGUUCCUUUUGUGUCCAAGAUAUUAUUUAAGGUGUAAAGCCAACUAAUAAAAUGCCUUAGUUUGAGCAUAACA